CUCGUGUCAAGUUCACUCUUUUCCCGUGUAACCUCGUUGAGCUAGCACGCGUUUUCUCGGUGUUCCGUCGUUCGUUUCCGUGAAACAGAACUAAACCUAGUGAAAAUGGGUCGUAUGCACGCUCCCGGUAAGGGUAUUUCCCAGUCGGCGCUUCCGUACCGCCGUUCCGUGCCAUCGUGGCUGAAACUGAACGCCGAUGACGUGAAGGAGCAGAUCAAGAAGCUCGGCAAGAAGGGCAUGACGCCCUCGCAGAUCGGUAUCAUCCUGCGUGAUUCGCACGGUGUGGCCCAGGUCCGGUUCGUCAAUGGCAACAAGGUCCUGCGCAUCAUGAAGGCCGUUGGCCUGAAGCCCGACAUCCCCGAGGAUCUGUACUUCCUGAUCAAGAAGGCCGUCUCGAUCCGCAAGCACUUGGAGCGCAACCGCAAGGACAUCGACAGCAAGUUCCGUCUGAUUCUGAUCGAGUCCCGCAUCCACCGAUUGGCUCGCUACUACAAGAUCAAGGCUGUCCUGCCACCCAACUGGAAGUACGAAUCGAGCACUGCCUCGGCCCUGGUUGCCUAAGAAGGAGCUGUUCCAUUCGACUUUUGUAUUGUUUUAAGUAAAAUCCAUUCAGAGGUGUAGAAAGUGCUCCCGUACCAACACUUAUCUGGGGGAAGAAGAACACACAAUCCGAAACAUGAAGGUGUCAUGUUGGAAGGGGAAGAUAUCUAUCCGGUAAUCUACCAAUAAACGGUUCACAUUGAAGCAGUGAA